UCCAAACCCAUUCUCAGCAGCCCAACUUGUCAAAUAAUCCAUUCCAAAACAUAAAAUUCCAAAUACCCACAGCGUACAGCAAUACCAAAAAUCAACCCACCCGACCCGCGCGAUCUUUGUCCUCUCUCGCGACUGAAACUCAGAGGAAACCCAAAAAUUUCAGCAGUUACGCGAUGCAUCCUCCCAUCUCUUUUCGUACGAAGACCUUUGGAGAGGGUGAGAUGUCAAAAUCUGGUGCCUCGAUCCUCCUUCGCUCAAAAUCAACACCUCACCAUUCCAAUUCGUACAUCAACCAAUGGGAAAUCCCUAUUUGUUAAGGGAUUUUGAAAAUUUUCAAAAAUCCCACAUCAUAUCUUCUCAGAUUUUUGGAAUUUUUGGGUUUCUAUAUAAAUUCACUUCAUUCACUGUUUUAAAGGAGAAUUUUCGGAGACCAAAGAUUACCCAUAAAGUUUUGGGAAUUCUUGGUUCCGUAAUUUAAUAUUUUUAAACGUUUUUGUGGUUGCUCUAGUUGAGAGAGGUGGAAUCGUCUCCGCCAAACUCGUCUUCGGGUUUGCUGGCCAGAACCAGAAGAAGACUGAUUUGUGUUGGUAAUUAAACUUGCUCACUUGAUCAAAGUACUCGCUAAGGUCAAGAGAAUCUCCACAGAAUCUUCGUUUCUUACUUGGACUACCAAAAAGACUCGUUCAAAAAUGGAUCCCACUAUUCACACGGUUGCUUCGUCCGAAAUGAUCCCCACUUCAUCUAUCGCGGCCAAUCCUAUUGCCUCGGUAGCAACAUAAUCACCUAUGGAAGUCAUUGCUCGUCUAGAGCAACAAAUUAGCACACUGAAUCUCCUGUUAGAUCAAUACCAAGUUGCUUCUCCGAAUCAACCACCUGAUGCUCGUGAAAAGGGGCCCAUGCCACCUGUGUAUCCGACAUCGAGUGAGUUUCAUCAAGGAGAUCAUUUUUCCACCUUUCAGCAAACUCAAAGCACCUCACUCACUAGUUUAAGUUAGGAUACUCCUCUUAUGUACACAUUUGCUCCUCCAAAAGCUCUAACAGUAACACAUCACACUAUGCCAGUGUACACUUAUGUCACUUCUCUACCUGUUACCAAGACUCCAGAGUUUCACCGCCCGGAUGUUAAUCACUAUAUUGAAAUUGAGGGGGACAAAAAAUUAAUCGAUGCUGAAAUGAUGAAUAAGAAGAUGAAAAGCUUGUAUGAUGCUAUGAGAGGUCUUCAUGGUAUCUAUAGUAGCUAUAGUGUUAGAUACGAAGAAUUGUGCACAUUUCCUGAGGUUGAGUUGUCACUCGGUUACAAGAUUCCGAAGUUUGAAAAGUGUAGUGGAUCAAGAAAUCUAUUCUUUCACUUGAAAAUAUACUAUGAAAAGUUGAUUGGCGUUGGAAACGACGAAGGGAUAAUAAUCAAGUUGUUCAAUCAAAGUCUGACUGGAAAAACAUUGGAGUGGUACUCUAAGAAAAAUGUGAUUAAAUGGCGCACUCUUGAUGAUCUAGCGAAUGAUUUUGUGGAUCACUACAAGUUUCAUGGUAAAAUUGCUCCUGAUAGGAUCUCUAUUACCAAGCUAAAACCAAAGUCGACUGAAUGCUUUCGACAAUAUGCCAUUCGUUGGAGAGAAGAAGCUGCUAGGGUGCACCCACCUAUGGAGGAAUCAGAAAUGGUCACCUAUUUUAUUCAAGCUCAAGAUUCAAAAUACUAUGAACGAAUGGUGACAAUGGGUGGAAAGACAUUUGCUGAAGUUAACAAAGCUGGAGAAAUGAUUGAAGAGGGUCUCAAAACUGGCGGAAUAAUGAGUUACACCUCAUCUCAGUUUACUAAUAGAGCUUAUCCAAGUGGUUCCUAUGGAAAGAAAAAAGAGAAAGAAGUUAUGAUGUUGACGACUCGAGGAGCUACCUCAUGUAACCUUCAACCACCUCCAGGCUAUCCCAAUUCACAAUACUAUGUUUGCAACAAUCAAACGACAUUUCAUUCUCCACGACCAAUGCAAAAUCCUUGAAACAAUGCACCUCAUCCUAAUUUUGAGAAAAACCCUCCAAGAGUCUUCACUCAAUUGUGUUAGACACAUACUCAAAUUUUUCAGAGGUUGAAAGAGCCAAAAAUACUUCUUCCAGUGGAAGCCAAGAAUGUCAAUACUUCAGUCGACAUGAUACUGAGAGGUGUAUCACUCUCAAACACAAAAUUCAAGAUCUUAUUGACAAUGAAUUGGUAAAACUCGCUCAAGCUCCACCGAAUGUGAACACCAAUCCGUUGCCCAAGCAUAAGGAGUAGUUGUUGGCACAACCAGUUGCAAAGAAGAAGUAAGUUAUUCUAAAAAUUGCACUUUUGACAUCUUUAAGUCUUGCAUUUCUUGUUUGUUUGUUUCAAUUCCCAGUAAUUUCCUUUUAUUGUUUUGCUUCCUUUGUAAUCAUUUGUUUGGAUUUUAAUUUGUAAGCAUCUAUUAUCUCUAAUGAACUACGUCUGACCUGAAUUCUCAAGAAUUAGAUACGUAGGCAGCCUAUGUCGGUCUCAGCCAUUUCCUUAGUUAAUUUUUUCUAUUUUUUGUAAUCCUCAAGAGUUGAAACUACGUUUGACCUGAUGUCACAACCCAAAACGAGCCGCGAGUGGCACCCACAUUUAUCCUC